AAAUAGAACAAGUGGAGAAAUACAUACACUGAAAUAUAUAUAAAAUAAUAUAUUUCAUUGUAUAUCAGCUGUUCAACAUGCAAAACAAGAAGGGAAUGAUAAAUAAAUAUUAGUUCCGAGCCACUAAAUGAAAACAAAAGUAUUUUUAUAUGUACAUUACUUAUAAUUAUAAAAUACAUUAAUAAAUUUUCUAAUACAUUAGACGCUAAUAUGCUAUGAUUACACUUUAAGUUGCCCAUUUUGGAGUAAGAGAAUGCGGCCACUAUUUUUAAUUUAAAGGAUUUUCAGUUGACCAAACGCUAUGACUUACCGCAGGUUUAAUUUUCGCGAACUAAGACGGAAAUUCCUAAGUUUACCAGCACCUUGCUGCGAAGUACAUAAACGUUACAUUAAUGACCCAAGAAGGAAAUCUCGUAAUGAAGCACAGAUUGUUGUUGUUGGUGCUGGAUUGGCUGGACUAUCUGCCGCGAGUCAUCUUAUUAAGAAUGGCUUUACUUCCACCAUUGUGUUGGAGGCAACAGAACGUUAUGGUGGACGCGUAAAAUCCGAGCAUUUCGGUGAUGCAUAUUGUGAGCUCGGUGCGAAGUACAUUACCAUUGAUUCUGCACGAAACUCCAUAUAUGAGCUUUUAUCCGAGACACACGGCUUAGAAAAGCAAACAGCAAAACGAGAUAAUAUAGUUUAUGUGAAUUUACUUGGACAGACAAUUAACAAACGUAUGCCAGAUUUGAUUGAUGCACUAUUCCGUAAACUAUGUUCGGGUAUUGAACUACAAGAAAAGUUUGAAACAAACAGUCUUCAUGACUUGAACAACGUGGAAACAUAUUUUCAAGCGGAAAGUCGGAAAAUAUUGGAGAACAUGUUUAAAGGAGAGGAGGCGCGAAUUGCUGGUGAUAUAUUCAUAACACUUUUCAAAGAGUUUGGAAGUCUCAUUGGUUGCUGUUUAGACUACCUUAACAUAGAACAUAUACGCAAGGUGCAUAACACUAAUCCUAACCCAUUAUAUAUUCCACAAGGUCUAGAUAAUAUCUUACGUCCUUUGACCGACAUAAUAACCGAGCAUAAUAUUAAAAUGGGCAAGCCAGUAGGACAAAUAAAAUGGUAUGAUGCUUCCACGACGUCAACAGCUAAAGCACAUUUAGUCGGUUGUCUUGACGGAAGCUCAUUUAAUGCUGAUCACAUCAUAUGCACAUUGCCGUUAGGCGUUUUAAAAAAUUUCUCAAAAUAUAUGUUCAAACCAAUGUUACCGAGACACAAAGUAAACGCCAUACGUAAUAUUGGGUACGGUUCACCUGUUAAAAUUUAUCUAGAAUAUAAUAAGAAUAUAAAAUCGUGGUUCACGGCGAAUUUACGCCCGCUGUGGAAUGAAGAGGAACGAGGCUCAGGUCUAAAUUGGUAUAAACAAAUUGUUGAAAUAUCAAAACUACCUACUAGCAAACAUGUGCUUGAAGUGUUAAUAGGUGGCGCAUUCUUCGGUGAAAUAGAGAAGCUUCCUGAAGAUCAGAUAACCAAAGAGGUCACUACUAUACUGAGAAUCUGCUUAAAAAAUCCAAAAGUACCGUAUCCAAAGUCUAUAUUACGUUCAAAUUGGAGUAACAGCGCUUGUUUCUUGGGUGGACGGCCCUACUUUUCUGUCAACAGCACUAUUAACGAUGUUAACAUUUUAGCCUCGCCACUGGGAGAUAGAGCUGCACUUCUUUUUGCUGGAGACGCUACAACUCUAAGUGGUUUCGGUACUGUCGACGGUGCGCGCCAGAGUGGCAUUAGAGAAGCAGAACGUCUUAUUGAAUUUUACAAUAGUACAUCAGCAUAAAAUUAAAUCCAAAUUAUAAAUAGAGAAGGUUUAGGACCACAGACUAUUCUUUAUCUUUUUUUCAUUUGCAAAAUAUGUAGGAUUGGCAGUUAAUAUCUUCGUUACGAAGGAGGUAUGAAUGAUGUUAUGUUAUUACUGAUUUUCCGAUUAUGCCACACACGCAGCCUGUGGGGGAAGAUGUAUUCAGGAUCUAAAACCCACCGAAAUGGUGCGAAAAGAUAUAUUUAUAUUUGUGCAUAUUCUUUAACAAUCCCACAUGAAUGUUUAAAAAUAUUGUCAUUUCUUUUAAAUUACUGAAAUGAUCUGAAAGCACUCCCCGAAGUAUACUUCUGAGCAACGACCCUGGCUUAUGCUUUAAUACACUUUGUGUAAAAAGGAUGUGGACUGAUCAAUUAAAUAAGAUUUUUUUUAUCACCUUCAAAAUAGGCGCCACUGAUUACAAUACAACUAUGAUAGUGCUGGAUCCUUUAUACGAAUUCUCUAUACGAUACAUUUUUCGUUGGCGGAUUUGCGUAUGUUUUUCAACUGAUUCAACGAAUUCUAGGUUAUGGCUGCAAACGAUACGAAACAAAGUAAUUUGAACUUCGGGAAUAGAAAAAGUCACACAUAGUCAUGUUAGAUAUCUGCUGUUGCUAGUUACCAUAGCCAUUAUCGUAAUCCGAAGAUACCUAAUAUUAUUUUCGCUAUUGGAAGUGGUAAGCGGAACUCGGUCGAUUAUGCAGACGAGAGACGGUACGUAAGUCCGAUGGUUCCUCGAAUGGUACUUAGUCGAUGACGUUAGUGCUGCCAAUUUAUACGAAUUAAAUUGUGACGUUUUUUAAAUUAUAAUAAUUUUGGUUACUUUUUACAUACAAUAUAUAUGGAAAAUAUUAAAGUCAAUUUAGAAUUGCUUAUCUAUAUAUUGAUUGAAAUGCAACU